CUAUUCAAUCAGGAAGACAACGAAGCACCAAACCAUAUUUUCUCGUUGCUUUGGCACCAAAGAUGCCAUUUUUUCUUCUGUCCUUAUCUCCUUAGAAUUCGAUUAAAGCAUGGAAAGGCCAGUCAGUUGCCACUUCUUAUGGUCCUGGCGGCAACGUAGAGAGGCGGAAAAGGAGUAAUAUUUCUUUCGUUUCAAUUAAUAAUUAUAUUGUUUACAGCAGGAAGAAAGGUGGAAGAAGAAGCGAAGAACAAAGGGGAAGCAGCGGAGGGAAAAGGGAAGAAGGAAAAGAAGUGGGGUGGGGGCCUGUCGAUUAGGACAGAAAGAUGGAUGGAGAUGAAAAGUUGAAAGCUUGAAAGCGUGCUUGCCUGCCAUUGAGCAUUAUCUCUCUCUCUCUCUCUCUCUCUCUCGCGUAUCCUUGGCUUUGAUUUCAUUAAUAUUUUUGCCUUUUUUUUCUUUCGAUUGCUUACUUUUUUGAAUCGACGGCGACGAGAGAGGAGGGGGGAAGAGGAGGAAUAUGCUAAGUAUGAUGAAUAAGGAGUUGGGGGAGGGAAAAUAAAGGUGCCAUUUUUAUGGAAUGCCGCUUGGAAAUCAGAAAAGGUUACUUUUUCAGGUCCAUUUGGGAGCCGUGACUUGUUUUUGUUUGAUUCUUUUUUUCUGGAUUGGUGGGUUUUUGAUUCCUACUUAGUCUCUACUCUGAGCAUUUGUAGGGGGAUUCAGGCUUUGGCAAAAGUAAAGUAGUUUGAGUUUCUAUGGGAGGAAAUCUUUUAGUUGUAAGUAGUUUGAGAGCUUUACGGGAGUGCUUUGAAAGUCAGGAGCUAAAGCUUAUGGGAGUUGUGAGAUCCUGUAUUCUAUGAGAGUAUCAUUUGCAAUUCAUCUUUAUAAUUGAGUUCUGGUUGCUCUCUCCGAGGAAGAAUUGGAAGAUACCAUGCUAUGAUUCUUUAGUUCAUGAAAAAGUUUUCAGAGCUUUUCAGAGUUAAUGGAGCUAUCAGCAUUGUGUAUUUUAAUGCUUCAGAACCAUGGAGGAAAUGAGUUUGCUUGGAAGGAGUAGCUUAGAGCUUCAUCAUUGAAAGAAAAUUAUUGUUUUGAUUUUGGAAUUUUGCUUUCUGAAUUCAGAUUACUUACCUUGAUGGCUAAAUUAUCGAAUAUCUCGGUUUCAUCAUUCAAUUUAGUAGUGCUACUGGUUUUCCUACUUGUUCAUGGCUCUCAAGGGCUUAACAUGGAAGGGCAGUAUCUCCUGAAUAUAAAAAAAGAAUUGAUGGAUAAUCUAGGACACCUUGAUAGUUGGAAACCUGAUGAUGAAACUCCUUGUGGCUGGAUUGGUGUGAACUGCUCAAGUGACUAUGAUCCAGUUAUAAUCUCUCUUGAUCUCAAUUCAUUGAAUUUAUCAGGAAGCCUCUCUCCUAGCAUUGGUGGUUUGGUUCAUAUAUCUUAUCUUGAUCUCUCCUUCAAUAGUUUCUCAGGAAAUAUACCUCCAGAGAUUGGAAGGUGUUCAAAGUUAGAAAUUUUGUACCUAAACAACAAUAAUUUUGAAGGUCAGAUCCCUCCUGAAAUAGGCAACCUGGCCUCCUUGAUAAACUGCAACAUUUGCAAUAAUAAACUCUCGGGAUCUCUUCCGGAAGAGAUCGGCAACCUGUCGUCGCUUGUGGAGUUAUUAGCAUACACCAACAAUCUCAGCGGAGUCCUGCCUAGAUCCAUUGGCAAACUCAAGUAUUUAGCGACCUUCAGAGCAGGGAAAAACAUGAUUUCUGGAAUGAUUCCGGUGGAAAUCGGGGGAUGCGAGAGCAUGGAAUUUCUUGGUCUUGCUCAAAAUCAACUUGGAGGUGAGGUCCCUAAAGAGCUUGGGAUGUUGAAGUGGCUUAGAGAAUUGAUUAUUUGGGGUAAUCAGUUUUCUGGAAUGGUGCCAAAGGAGUUGGGGAAUUGCACAAGCCUGGUGACCGUUGCACUUUACCAGAAUAAUUUGGUUGGUGGUAUACCUGUUGAGAUUGGAAACUUGAAGAAUCUAAAGAAUCUAUACCUUUAUAGAAAUGGACUGAAUGGAACUAUACCAAAAGAGAUAGGAAACCUUUCUCGGGCAAAGGAAAUUGAUUUCUCAGAGAAUUUUUUGGUUGGAGGAAUUCCAUUGCAGCUGAGAAAUUUAAAGAGCUUGUAUCUGUUAUACCUCUUCCAGAAUCAGCUUACAGGUAUCAUCCCACCUGAGCUGAGUGAGUUGAAAAACCUGACAAAGCUCGAUCUCUCAAUCAAUUUUCUCACAGGACCAAUUCCAAUUGGGUUGCAGUACUUGACUGAGUUGCUUCAGUUGCAGCUCUUUGACAACAUGCUUUCAGGUCCUAUUCCUCAAAAACUCGGUGUUUAUAGCCGUCUUUGGGUUGUGGAUUUUUCGAGCAAUAAUCUUACCGGUCCGAUACCGAGCAAUAUAUGCAGUCAUUCUAAUCUGAUUAUGUUAAAUCUUUGGUCUAACCAGCUCACCGGAAAAAUACCGAGUGGAGUCAUAUCUUGCAAAUCGUUGGUGCAAAUUCGUCUCGGGAAUAACAGCCUCAUUGGUAGUUUCCCGGCUGAUUUAUGCAAGCUUGAGAAUUUGACUGUUGUUGAGUUGGAUGAGAACAGGCUCAGUGGCCCUAUACCUCCUGAGAUAGGGAACUGCAAAGUGUUGCAAAGACUUGCUCUUCCAGUUAAUUUCUUUACAUCAAAGCUUCCUCUAGAGAUUGGUAAUCUAUCACAGUUGGUUUUCUUUAACAUCUCAUCCAACCAAAUUGUAGGAAGAAUUCCACCACAGAUUGUGAGUUGCAAGAGGCUACAAAGGCUUGAUCUCAGCCAGAAUGGGUUUAUCGGCGAAUUACCAAAUGAGCUUGGAACUCUGGAGCAGUUAGAGCUGCUUAUUCUUUCUGAUAAUAAGCUCUCAGGAGCAAUACCUUCCAUUAUAGGAAAUCUUUCUCAUUUAACUGAAUUGCAGAUGGGUGGCAAUCUAUUUUCUGGAGGAAUUCCGAGCGAACUGGGAAACCUUUCAAGCCUGCAGAUUGCCUUGAAUCUCAGCUUUAACAUUCUCUCAGGAAAUAUUCCCCCUGAGCUUGGAAAUCUUGCCCUAUUGGAGUACCUUUUACUUAACAAUAACCACUUAACUGGUGAAAUCCCCUCCGCUUUGGUCAAUCUAUCAAGUUUGCUUGGUUUGAAUGUCUCAUACAAUGAUCUAAGUGGACCUAUUCCUUCGCUUUCGCUGCUGCGAAAUAUGGCCUCAAGCAGCUUUAUAGGAAAUAAGGCACUAUGUGGUGAACCUCUUACAGGCUGUAGUAUACCUCCUGUUCUUUCACCUUCUCCUGAUCCAACAUCCACUGGUAAUCCCAUUGGUCAUAUUGUCGCCAUAAUUUCAGCUGCCAUUGGAGGAAUUUCACUUUUUCUGAUUGCAGUUAUAUUACAUUUUCUAAGAAAGCCUGUUAAGAAUGUUUCUCCUUUGCAAGAUUUGCAACUUUCUUCUGAAGAAUCUAGCCUGUGCAUAAGCCCAAAGGAAGGCUUUACUUUCAGUGACUUGAUUACAGCAACAAAUAAUUUUGAUGAAGGUUAUGUUAUUGGAAGGGGAGCUUGUGGAACAGUUUAUAAAGCUGUUAUGAAGACUGGAUUGGUUGUUGCUGUGAAGAAACUUGCAUCUAAUAGAGAGGGAAGCACAGUAGACAAUAGUUUUCAUGCUGAAAUUUUGACACUUGGGAAGAUCAAGCAUCGAAAUAUUGUGAAGUUGUAUGGUUACUGCUAUCAUCAAGGCUCGAAUCUUCUUCUCUAUGAGUACAUGUCAAGAGGGAGUCUCGGCGAGGUGCUUCAUGGAAAAUCUUUUGAUCUAGAUUGGGACACAAGAUUUAUGAUAGCUCUUGGAGCUGCUCAGGGACUCUCUUAUCUUCAUCAUGAUUGCAAGCCACACAUCAUUCAUAGAGAUAUCAAAUCAAAUAACAUUUUACUAAAUGAUAAUUUUGAAGCACAUGUUGGUGAUUUUGGAUUAGCAAAGGUGAUCGACAUGCCACAGUUGAAAUCAAUGUCCGCCGUCGUCGGAUCCUACGGUUAUAUUGCACCAGAAUAUGCAUACACAAUGAAAGUUACAGAAAAAUGUGACAUCUACAGCUAUGGUGUUGUCCUGUUGGAGCUGCUCACUGGAAGAACACCUGUACAGCCAUUAGAACAAGGAGGAGAUCUUGCUACAUGGGUCAGAAAUUACAUUAAAGACCAUUCUUUAAAUUCUGGAGUUCUUGAUAGUAAAUUAAAUCUUCAAGAUAACGAUAUUGUCGAUCACAUGAUUAUUGUUUUGAAAAUUGCUUUGUUAUGUACAAAUAUGUCUCCAUUAGAUAGGCCUUCAAUGUGGCAAGUCAUUCUAAUGUUAAUGGAAUCUAAAGAGAAAGUGAAGAGCUGUCAAUCCUCACCAAUUUCAGAAAUUUCAUCAAAAGGAAGAUAAUUGUUGAUGAAUUCAGUAAAUUUAAUCAAGUAUAUCAUUUGUUGUUAAUAUUCCUGCA